AUGAAGCCCAAAAAUUACCCCUGUCAACACCAUGGCUGUGCCAAAAGCUUCACCCGCGCAGAACACCUGCGUCGCCAUGCCCUCAACCACGAGCAGGCGCGCGAUGGGCACACAUGUGGGCGUUGUUCUGUUCACUUUCAGCGCGCAGAUCUGCUAGGUAUGGCACGACAUUUGGAGCGCCAUACAAAGCGAGAUAUCGAAGCUGGGGGUCCUGGACAGGGAACUUUGAAGACAAGAAAAAGAAUCAGGAGAGCUGAGGAUGGAUCGAUUGUCGUGCGUCCAUCGCAGCGAGAAUUGAGAGUCGCCUCUGCAGCUCGGUCUCCGACCUCGGCGAAUAGCUCGAGCCAGGAACCUCCCGAGGAAGAUGAGUACUAUCAUAGUGGGAUUCCCUUGUCACCACCUGGCUCGGGUACAGACCCGACGUCAAUUUCUAUAGAUGACACAGAUCCAUUUUUAGCCUCGUUGGUUCCCGCUGGAUCGUUUGAACCGUAUGUUGAGCCUAUGCCUGGGCAAUUCGACGCCGCGGAUGGGUCGUUCGGCGUUGAGCUCAAUGGAAUAGGGGAUUACUUUGGGAUGGAUACUGCAACCGACUUCAAUCUUCCAUUCGCAGCGACUUGCAAUUACAACUGGCUAUUCGAUGUUUCCUCGCUGGACGACGCUUUUCGUCAAUUCAAUCUUCCUGUUGGAUUUGAUACGGCGCCUAUUCUAGAACAAUUUGAACCACAACCCGCGGAAUCAACCGAAAAAUACGAUGGUCCCUCAGCCCUACUCAUGGCAUCGAUAUUGGACAGAGGCGAAGCAUUUGGACAAACCAACUCCCCUGCACUCCCUAGUCUUCCAGAUUUGGAUUGGAUGGCCGGUGCUGCGGCGUUGGAUCCUAAUCCUCCAACAAGCUUACCAAUGAUAUCCGAAGAUGCGCGUCAGGGAAUCCUUGCCAUAGUGGCGCAGGCACAUCCAACAAGCAUCGAUAGGAACCGCAUGGUCGCCGACUCGCCCCUUCUGACCCUCUCUGCGCUCCAAGGAUACUGCGAUAUGUUCUUCAAUCGUUUUAACACAACAUACCCACUCGUCCACCGGCAUACCUUCGAUCCAGAUAUAGCACCACCAGUAUUCCUCGCCUCGAUGCUCUUCAUGGGUGCGACAUACGGUACCCGGGAGGCACACCAGCUAGCAGUAGAAGUGCACGAUGUCCUACGCAGUAAUCUACUAUGCCACCCAGAGUUCUCACCGCAGGCAGAUCUCUGGGUCCUGCAGACAAUGCUUUUGAUAGACUGUUUCGGAAAGAUGCGCGCAGGACCAAAGCAGCGAGAACGCGCACAGCUAUUCCACUGCGUACUGAUUAAAAUGAUUCGUCGCAGCAACUGUUGUGGCAUCCGAGACUUAUCCGGCUUGGACCCGUCGGGCGACUUGGACGAAAUGUGGCACCAGGCCAUGGAGGAGGAACAACGGAAGAGAGUCGCGAUACACUGUUUCAUGUGGGAUACGCAGCAUGCAGUGCUAUUCUCACAGUCACUUUGUAUGUCGGCCUUUGAGAUCAGAUCUUCUUUGCCGUGUAGCAAUGCUGCCUGGGACGCUUCGUCGGCGAGAGAGUGGUCGCAGUAUGCCUUCCGUGAAGAAAAUAAACCUUUCCUUACAGUUUUGAAAGGAUAUAUCACCCCAUCCGCUGUGGUUAGGCCUCGAGAUCUCAAUGUAUUUGCUCGAAUCGUUAUCCUGCACGGAUUGAUGUCUGUAUCCGCAGACUUGAAACGCCGCGAUCAAACGACGCUUCGGUCGGAGACACCUGAGCGCGUUGGAGCGUGGACACCGCGUAUGGGUCGGUCUUACGAUCUGUGGAAAGUCGAUUUCGACGCGGACUGUCUUGCCAUCAAGCUUGCCCAGACGGCUAGCCCCCGGCAGUUUACUGGACUGAAGAUCUCGGGGUAUGCUUUUUAUCAUGCUGCGUACCUUGCGUUGAAUGUCGAGGUGCUCGAUUUACAAAUCGUCGCCGGCGCGAGUCAAAUCCUAGGGCGGACAGUGACUGAGGCCGAUCAGGCACGGUCGCUGCGGAAUAUUACCAGAUGGCUCCAAGAGGAGUCUGAGGGAUCCUGUGCAGCCGCCCGCCAAGCUGCUUCUUUGCUUCAAGAUGCAGUGUUGAGUCUACAUGACUGGGACCAGGCAGAUUCGUUCCAUUUCCCCUGGUGUUUGUAUUUAUGCACGUUGGCGUGCUGGGUUUUCCAUCGUGGGCCAAAUCCUGCGUCCGAUGAGAACCGCGUCAACACUGAUCCCUCUUCGCUGAUUGUCAUGUUGACGAAUUGCCCCAGCCUCACUGACCGGCUUGCUAUCGGGAAGAUACUGUCCACGUCCUCUAGCAGCGGCGAUGGCGAAACAACUCGCGACUGUCCGAUGGGCGGUUGUGCAUGA